AUGUAUCUUCGACUUCCCUUUACCUCGCUUAUCCUCAGCACAUUUACCCGCAGCUCUCUCUCCCAAACUCCACCCUCCGAUCCCGAAUCGCACGCUUCUCAUAUCCUGCAAGAAUGUCUUCAGGCGCGCUCCGUUCCCUAUUCGAAUGCUACUUCUCUGAACUGGGCCAGUUUGACUACUCCUUUCAAUUUACGUCUGCAGUAUACACCUACGGCGGUAACGUUACCGAAGACGCAGGAACAAGUGGGCAAUAGUGUCAUUUGUGCGGCGAAGGCGGGGUUGAAGGUUCAGCCGAGGGGUGGAGGUCAUAGCUAUGCGAGUUUUAGUAUUGGCGGGCAGAAUGGGAGUGUAGUGGUGGAUAUGAGUGGGUUUGAUGAGAUUUUGGUGGAUCAGGAAACGUACAUUGCGAAGAUAGGCGCGGGUCAGAGAUUGGGUAAUGUGGCGUUAGGCAUUCAUGCGCAGGGUGGUAGAGCUUUACCGCAUGGGACGUGUGCUGGUGUUGGGAUAGGCGGACAUGCAACUCAUGGUGGAUAUGGCUACGACUCCCGUCUCUGGGGACUAGCACUCGACACAAUCGUUGGACUCGACGUUGUCCUCGCCAACGGCACAUUUAUUCACACAAGCGAAACCGAGAAUACCGAUCUCUGGUACGCAUUACGAGGCGCCGCCGAUGCUUUUGGCAUCGUUACACAUUUCUAUAUGCAAACACUUGCUGCACCAGCUGAAGUUACAUAUUUCACUGCCAAUCUCUCAUCUACGCUUUCCAGCGCCGAAAAAGUCUCUGCCGCGUUUUUGCAAACGCAAGAUUUUGUUCUCAAGAGCCCUUUACUUACACCGAAUAUAUCAUUUGGAUUUAACGUCAAUAGCGCAGGCGGUCUUGCAAUCACAGGAAUGUGUACUUUUUGCGAUCUUGCCCAUUUCCGAGAUAUCGUUUUCCCGCAACUGGUAUCCGGUUUCGAUAUCGAUUCCCGGAAUAUCACAAAUUUAUCCUGGAUCGAUACACUCGCUACCCUCGCCGCACCUGAUCCGCUGGCACAGCCUCUAUUAAACUACGAUUUACACGACACAUUCUAUGUCAAAUCCCUCGUGACCAAGAACGAAAAGCCUCUCACCCUCAAAGCGGUCUUUGCAUUUUUCUCCUACAUCCUCUCUCAUCAAUCCCCCGAAAUCCCCUACUUCUCCAUCAUCAAUCUCUACGGUGCUCCCGGCUCCGCAAUCGAUAGCGGAGAGCUAUCUUCCUCCAGUCAUGCCGAUAUGGAUGCGCUCUGGGUAUUCCAGAACUACGGAUACACGCCCUCUCAUCUCCCACCGUGGGAUAACCGUAUCACAGAAGUCAUUGAAGGGAUGACCAAUGCGGUUUUGGAUGCGCAACCCAUGGGGAAUUUCUCGGGUUAUGUAAAUUAUGUGGAUCCGAAUUUGUCGGCGGAAGAGGCAGCGGAGUCGUAUUAUGGGAAUGCGACGUAUGAUCGAUUGUUGGGGAUUAAGACGGAGGUGGAUAGUGGGUUUAUUUUUUGGAAUCCGCAAGCGAUUGGGAAUGUGGGCGUUUUGCCUGUGGGAGUUGGAGAAGAGUAA